AUGUUUUUGGACAAUAUUUUUUCUGAAAUAAUUUUGCGAUGGAUAUUAUUUUCAGAUCGAACUCCUGAACCAAUCAUCACAAUGAGUCAGUCUUCCAUGUUUGAUGCUACAACUGCAGAAUCAAUAUCUCUACUACAAGGCUAUAGAAAUAUGCCAUUAGUUUCUCUUGAAGAUGCUACUCUGACACUUCAAAAUAUUAUUCCUGAUAUUAAAGAUAUGGUUUGUACAGCAAAGAUGAAUUGUAGAAAACCUGGCGAUAACCUUACAUCUGACCAAUCAGCUUCUAUUAUGCUUCUCAAUAUGAACUCAUUGGCAAGAGAAAAUUCAUUUCGUUACUUUCUGAAUGAAGCAUUGCGAUCAAACAGUGAACAACAACUGAAACCGUGGUUUCUAUAUUUGAAACUUCUUUUCGAUGGAUUGUCAAAAAUCAACUCUAAACGUUGUACUGUUCAUCGAGGAGUUAAUGCAAAUAUGCUAGCGCAAUAUCCUGCCGAGUUUGUGUUUGUUCUAUCGAAAUUCAUGAGUUGCACAGAGAAAUUUAAAACGCUUGACGAUGAACAUGGUUUUAUCAAUACCGGUACAAGAACUUUGUUUAGUAUCGAAUGUAGCUCAGGCAAAGAUAUUAGUAAACAUUCAUUCAACUGUACUGACGAUGAAAUUCUACUAUUACCUGGUACACAGUUUCAAGUCCAUUCUUCUCUGAAUACAGGCGAUGAAUUUUAUAUUAUUAAAAUGGUAGAAAUUACAUCACCAUGA